GAUGUUGCUCAUCUUCAUUCUCUGUUUGUUCUCCCCAUCAAGACCCCACAUUUCAGAGGACCCUAAGGUUGUCACUGUGCCCAUUGCAGGUAAUGCCCUUUUACCUUGCGGUGAAGCUGAUUUGCCUUUAAAUGUAAAUUUUCAAUUGGAGGGAAAAAACAAUACCUGGCUAAAACUUGAAGCAAAUUAUACAACCCAAGAUCUAGAUUUCAUAUUACCAAAUCUGCUAAUGCUACAGAAUCAGAGCCUGGAGGAUUAUGGGAACUUUUCCUGCUUUGCAAACAAUCAAACAAAGCUGACCAAUGAGGCUUACAACUACACAAAGGACACUGACAAUGUAGUGUUCAUUUCCUGCCCCGAUCCUCAAGACUGGACCAGCCUGUCCUGGAUGAAAAAUUUGGAAGUUAUUAUGACAUUCAAGAGGGGGAGCACGGCAAAUCGAUUACACAUGGGGUUGUAUAAAGGGAAGUUGUACCUGUUUAUACCCACUGUAACCACUGACGAUGCUGGGAUUUAUAUCUGCAUCCAAGGAGAUAAUCAGACAACAAGAGUGAUGCUGAAUAUUACUGGAUAUUUGGAAUUGUCCCAUAAUAGGACAGGUUUUGAGAUAUUUCUGAACGAUGGAUACUGGAUCAUCAGUGCUGUUUCUCUGGGUUAUUUGGCAUUUUGCUCUACGAUAAUGGGAUGCUACAUGCACGUGAGACAGAAACUGAGGACAAGGAGAGAGGCAAAAAACAGGUUCUUCAGGGUCAAUACAGCACGGAAUCUGUACACAAACUCCUUACUCAGCCAGAUACAAGGUACUAAUGUGAAACUAACAGAAAUCACAUACCAGAACUGCACAGAGGUUAUUCAAAAGGAGGUUGAUAAUGACCACUACUCUGACAAAAGUUCCUUUAUGGAUGAAUCUUUGGGUGAAGCUUCAUAUCUGGAACCAGAUAAGGAUAAAUUGUCUCAAGGUGAAGCUUCAUAUCUGGAACCAGAUAAGGAUAAAUUGUCUCAAGGAGAAUCUUAUGAAAAUGCAAACCAGGAAACCGUGGAUGAAGUGAGUUUAGAAGAUGAAGAUUAUGAGAAUGCAAACGAAGAAAUAAAAGAUGGAUCUGAGGGAUCACAGUCUUAUGAGGACAUGAAGGGUUCCAUAUACCUUAAGCCGACACCCAAUGAAACGGAUGAACAAGGUGAAGAUGCCGACUCUUAUGAAAACAUGGAUGCUGCAAUAUUCUCCAAUCCAAACCACUCUUUGGACUCACUCAAGAAAACACCAGAAGUGCUACCAGCUGACGUGUGCCAGGAAAAGAGCCUAUCCUGUAGACUCAAAGAAGCAAUAAAUAGUCACCAUCAAGAGCGAAUGGGCACUGAGCUUACACAAGAAAAUGGAGAUUUUUACAUGCCCUAUGACGGCAGGAAAGUAUGAGAACACAGCAGGUAGGAGUGGAAUAAUAAAUGCAGAAUCCGAGGAAAUUAAGACAAUCAGCAGAGCAUUGCAAUCCUAGAGUAUUCAUUGGAGAAGAUGACAAUCAGUAUAAACUGCUAUGGGCUACAGAUUAUUGCUCCAUCGUGCUCUGCCCUGCAUGAAGCUCAGCCCUCAAAUUCUGCACACAGUGCAGAAUAUCGCGGCAUCUAUUGAUACACUGCAAGAACCUGUAGAUCAUCACAUUUUGCAGAACGUUGGUCCAUCGUGUGCUAUAAAAACCUGAGAAGUAACGCACCAUUGAAGUCUGCACUGCUGGAUAGUGUACAACACUUAUCGAAAUCCGCAGAGCAUAUCUCUGUUAAGCGAGGCGGAAGUUCUAGAGCUUAGAAAAUAUAUUUAUCCCUCAAAGCCUGGUUCAAGAAUUCGGUUCUAGAGCAGUUAGCAUUUCAUCUGCAUGUAAUGUACUGGAUAAAUAAGAGGCGAUCAAUAAGUCAGUUGGACAUUUCCUCUGAACCCUCCCCCCCCCCUCCACUCUCCUGAAGCAGGAAAGAAUGUACAGUUUUUUUAUCGUCAGAAAAUGUAAAAAACGAUAUUUUAUCAUUACUCUCUGCUCCCCCUACCCCCUCACAGAGAUGUAAAUAUUUUUUUAUAUAAUUUUAUUAGUUCUAAAGGUGCAGCCUAUAUUUGUGUCCUACUAUAACUUUCUUGGACUCUAUCAAAAGAUUGUUUCUGUAAUUUAAAACAAAAGUUACGUAGAAGUUUGUUGCAAUGAUUCCCACUGAGCUUUUGAUAAAUUCUGAGCCUAUAUAACAGUAAACAUACAUAGUUUGACUGAGGGUACACAGGGCAUAUGCACAUAUGCUCUGUGCACAGUAACCGGUAUCAGUAAAACUGUCAGAUAUCUUAAUAGAAGCUUUUCUGCUAAAUAAGUUGCAUUACAAAAAUGCUUCUACUCAUAACUGAAAUACAUUCAUGUGUAAAUAAACUUACAGUUUUAUGUUCCUCUUAUGGAAAUACAUAAAAAAACAACACUCCGAUCUUGUAUUAAUUCUACAUGAUCAUUUAAAUUUGCCAAAUAAUCUAGUAGUGAUCACAAUGCUUCUGAGCUUUACAGUAGGGAUUUAUCUGUAUCACAGACUUCAUUUUUAAGUAUUGUUUUUGUGUUUGAUCUAAAUGAGUCAAACAUUUAAUUUGUCACCAAACACAGCUAAUCUUCCUCGUAGAGGUCCCAGACCAGUUGCCAACACCCAGUCAGGGGCCAAGCCCUCUUCCAGUGGGCCCCUGACUGGAAUCACCCAUUUCACCCCCUGAUGGCGGCCCUGCUUACCAGGGACAUUUCCGGGGACAUAAUUUGUCCGGGGACAGUCUCCUCAAUCCAGUGACUGUCCCCGGAAAUCGUGGACAUCUGGUCACCCUAUCAUAGAAGCAUUUGAGUGUGUAGUACAUGCGUACACCGCUGUAUACCUUCAAACCUUAUGGAUAGGCAACAGAGCAGCGAUCAGGCCAUUGCGCUAGAGAGAUUCCUUGUUACAUGUGUACAUCUACACAUGUAUGUGCAACCACAAUGUUCUGCCUGGGCGCUAAAUUAUUGAUGUCAUGUUUGCCUCUAUGAACAUUAUCAUUCUAAAAAACUCUAAAAUCUAUCCUACUAUGAAUCAUUGACUUUGCCAAAUAUUCCACAAAAUUUACCAUUUAGAAAAAUAAUGUAGGAAAAACUCCUGAUUUUAAAAUGUAGUAGGAUUUUUCCAUUAGGGACAGUGAACUCUAUAAAUUUCUAUCAUUACUAUUUAAACCUGUGUAAAAUAUUUUUUUGCAUGGAAAAAAGUUUACGUUAAAGGGACACUGAAACCAAAUUAUUGUUUUUCAUGAAUCAGAUAGAGAAUGCAAUUUUAAGCAACUUUCUGAUUUACUCCUAUUAUCAAUUUUUCUUCGUUCUCUU